AUGGAAGCACAUACUUAUAGACCGAGCGCUAGAGAAUCAAAUGCAAGUGAUCCAGUGUGGAAGCAGUUGGAAGCCCUCGAACACGUACACAGCUUCCUAGCAGAAGUUCAGCAAGAGAUUAAAGAGAGUCGGGAUCUUCUAAGGCAUAUGAAUAAUCGUUUAUCUCCUAAUUCCACCACAGAUGCAGCGCCUAAGAUAACAUCAGAAAAGACUUUACAGCGAGAUCUAUUGAGAUCUUUAUCUCCAACAGCCCCUAAGGGUCUGUUAAGGACCAAUACAGUCGGUUCAACAUCUACAAAUCCCACAACCGCAAGUGUCACUAAGGUACCAGGGCUACAGCAGCAAAUGCAGAUGUCCUUGGCCCACGACUACCUGCUCCCGGACUUGUCACCGCACUACAGGGACAUAUUUGCUCCUGAGUCAGAACGUCAAGGAAAUGCAAACGAAAAGGUCCCGAAGAACGCAAAUGAUCUGCAAGUUUUGUAUACAAAAACGACAAAAGCAUUUAGUGUAGGAGACAUAUUACAAGGAAUGGUUUUCGAAACCACGACUCCAGAAGCUCAUCCACAGCUACACAAUGAGAUAGUGAGAGAAUCCACCGGCUACUUCAGCGUGGGAGUGGAGAACCUAUUGAUGCUGGUAGUCACCAAAGACCCUGAACACGUCAAGGCUGUUCUAGAACCUGCUCAUUCAGUGGUCGGAAGUUUAGAAACAACCAACAACCGUGCAAACCUCCACUGGUUGGAACACCCCAUGACAGACAUACUGCACUCCGUGAUUGCGCUGCUAGAGCCAGGAGCCACCGACAUAGCAGAAAUUCAAGUUAAAGCGAAUCUUCUGUGGACGCUGCUGAAAAACAGACGCGCCAUGCUAGGUGAGGAAGUGAACGGAAUCUUGGAUUUCGCUGAUGGAAUGGUGAAGGAAGAAGAUGGAGAGAGAAUAUUUGAUCGCCUCGACGACUUCCUUCAUUUCCCUAACGUGUCAACAGAACUUCUGAGGCCUCACUACGAGACAGGAAGAGAUCUCUGUAAAGCUUUAAUACAAGCCUUCAAUUAUCCCUUCUCCUACAAAACUGUAGAUCGUCAACGUCUGGUGAAUUCAGCAAAUGCAGCUUUAAAAGACCAUUUCGGUGAAAUAUUCCAAAAUCGCAGAAGAGCUGGGUUUUGGUCUAAACUGAAUUCUUGGUUCACAAGUUAUGACAAACCAAAAUCGAAAAGAGGACCUAAAUUUAGUCAAACAUCACUCAGAUCAAGAGGUUCACGCAUGUCCGUGACACACAGAAGAGGUACACAUCAAAGAUCAGUUCACAGACAUAACAAAUGGACUAGGACACACUCACAAUCAAUAUAUAAUAGAGCGCGGCCUAUUGGAAAACUUAGGAACGGUAAUUUCUUAAAACAACAAUCCAAUCGAAAUAAGCCGUUAGAAAUUUACAAAUUUCGAACUACCGAAAAGAGAUUUAGUAAAAAAAUCCAUCACAGUGCCAAGAAAUUAACUACCAAACCAAUGAUAUCAAGAAAAAAUUUAGUGAUCCAACGAACCAUGGAUUAUGCAGAAGCUGCAGGUGAAGGUCUACAGAAAAAGCAGAAUAAAAGAAGAGGCAAUGGAGUGAUUACGAGCAAGAAAACAGAUCAAAUACAUGAUGAAACACCAGAACUCUUUAUUAAACGGAUUACAAGUCAUACAGAAUCAUAUCAUGGGAAAUAUAUAAGUUUUCAUAGACGAUCUACUAAUUUUGGAAGACAAAGUGAUACGACACAACAGGGUAACCUUGAAGAAUAUCCUAAACAAUUAAAGUCAAGUUACUCAAACAUAAAAUUAGCAGAAAAAGAGAAGACAGAUACUAAUACUACAGAAAUACAAUCAGAAUACACGACGGAUAGUGAUAAUUCAAACUCAUCUUCAACUUGCAGUGAUGAAAAAGAAAUUUUAGAUGUUAAUUUAUUAAAUCGUUUAUUGAAUGUAACUGCAGAAGAAAGUUUAGAGAACAAUAAGUCACUGAAUGUUUCAAUAGAAACUGAUGAUGAUAUAGAGAUUUUAAAACAUUUAAAAGAAGUACUAUAUGAUAAAUAA